AUGUGGAACAAGAUCAUUCUUCACAUUUUCGCAGCUCUUUUAAACGGUUCAUUCGCACUCCAGCUUCGCCUGUUUGUCAUUUUCAACUUCAUCUUUGUCGCGCCUGGAUGUAUCAAUCAAAUGCAGCCUUUCUUCCUGCACAACCGUGAUAUUUUUGAAACUCGCGAGAAAAAGUCUAAGACGUAUCACUGGGUCGCUUUCAUCGGUGCUCAAGUUGUUUCAGAGAUCCCAUACCUGAUCAUCUGUGGAACUCUCUACUUCCUUUGCUUCUACUUCACGGCAGGAUUCCCAGUCACACCCAAUGUCGCUGGCCAUUUCUAUUUCCAGAUGAUUCUCUUUGAGUCCCUUUAUACAUCCAUUGGACAGGCCAUUGCGGCAUACGCUCCAAAUGAGUACUUUGCGGCAGUGAUGAAUCCAGUCUUGAUCGGAGCAGGUCUGAUCGCAUUUGCCGGUGUUGUUGUUUCAUACGACCAGAUACAGCCAUUCUGGCGCUACUGGAUAUACUCCCUUGACCCAUUUAACUAUCUGGUUGGUGGUCUUCUUGGUGAAGUUCUAUGGGAUGUCCAGGUCAAGUGUGAGCCAUCUGAAAACUUCAAAUUCAGCGCUCCCUCUGGCCAGACAUGCGGACAGUACAUGGCCGAUUUCCUUUCCACUCAGUCAGGAUACUUCCUGGAUUCAAACGCCACGGAUACCUGUUCUUUCUGUCAAUACUCAACAGGAGCAGACUAUGCAAAGACUUACAGCCUGAAGGAGAAGUACUACUCGUGGAGAGAUGCAUCGUUUACUAAUUCCCAUAUCAAACUGGAAUCACUGCUCUGUUCUGUAUCUCAUCAUACGCCUUGGUCUUCCUCAUGA